GGAAGCCUCCCUUUGCCUAUAGGAUCAUUCAUCCUGGCCAAGCUGAGAGAGGAAUCUGUUCCUAAACUCCAGCGGACGACUAAGUCGGAGUUGAGCCAUUGCAAUUUCGGGUUUUUUCCCCCAAGGAGGGAGUUUUUGCUGGCUGAGAGGCUCUUGCUUUGCAGCUGCCAAAAGAACAUUAUUAUAAUUGGUCUUAGCCUAAAGCUGCUGAGAAGAUUCUUUUUUAAUAAGCAAUACAAAAACUUAUGUUCUUGCUUUUGGCCUCCUUUGCCAUCAUCACAAUGCCGCAUAGCAUACCAUCCAUGAGCUCAGAUUUCCAGCAUUACAGUUUCAGGAUGCCAAACAUUGGAUUCCAGAACCUGCCUCUCAACAUAUACAUUGUGGUCUUUGGCACUGCCAUCUUUGUCUUCAUUCUUAGUUUACUCUUCUGCUGCUACUUGAUCAGGCUGAGACAUCAAGCCCACAAAGAACUCUACGCUUACAAACAGGUUAUCCUAAAGGAAAAAGUCAAAGAACUCAACCUACAUGAGAUUUGUGCUGUUUGUUUGGAGGAAUUCAAGCCCAAAGAUGAGUUGGGAAUCUGUCCAUGCAAACAUGCCUUCCACAGAAAGUGCCUCAUCAAAUGGUUGGAGGUGCGGAAAGUGUGCCCCCUGUGCAACAUGGCUGUUCUCCAGUUGGCCCAACUUCACAGCAAGCCAGAUCACCAUGGGCUCCCACAGGAACCCCUCCCGGGGGCAGCAAACAUCGUAUAGCUUCCUGAGAGCCACCUGCUUCUCCAGCAUAACCUGGAACCCAAUGGAUCUGCGCAGAGGUGCUCUGAUCUCUGGACCUGCUGUGGAUUGCCUCAGACUAUCGGGCAGGGUUCCUUUUGUCUCUUGAAGAGUUUCCCAAGGUGCACUGGAAGGAGGGAAGGGCAUAGCACUGUGCCCUGCAGUGCGACGAGAAUGCCAAAUGGCAAGCCUGUGAGUUUGGCUUUGCUUUAGUUCCUUUUUUAUUAUUGUUUUGUACAAGCACUUUACAAAGGACAUGUGUAGGGUCUAGGAUCAGGUGCCUGUCUUCCCAUUCAAGUGGGAUCGAGGGAAGGAGAAGACGAAGCCCGAGGGGAUAAGGUCAAAAAUCAGAAACACGCCAGGCACUAUGCAUGUGGUGUGCAUCUCAGGCCGAAGAGACUCUGUACGCUUUCCCUUCCACCAUCACCACUUUGGAAGAGACUGUGCCCUCACCCCCAAACAUUUACACCUCCCUGGUGGUUACCUCAUACCAGAUUGCCUAUGGGAUUCCAGGACAGAACCAACAGCAAGGCAAUACCCUGAUGAACAAUGAUCCAGGACUCCUGAUUCUCCCUUGUGCCAAGGCAUGGAGAAUGCUGACCCCAUGUAGCCUCUAAGGAAGCGUGAGUUUCUGGAGGUACCCCUGUCUUGUGGUGUUUCAGGGGAAUGUGUUCAGUUGGGCAGCAGACUAGCACUGGUCUGAAGGUUCCUGUUAGGCACUUGAGAUCCACCUUUCCUCCACUCCUGCCUCAGUAAACAAUUCCAUUAAGUGCCCCAAGGGGAGGACGAGGGCAGAUCUCAUCUCACAAAUUAUUAUCACCAUAAUGGACAACUUGCAUCUUUGGUAAGAAGCCUCCCCCCCCCCCAAAAAAAAAAGACCCAGUAAAGCUUCUAGUAAAAGGACCGAUGGAUUCAGCACUGGGAUAUGGGAAUGUCCCUCUCCAUCCUGUAGUGUGCAUCCACUCAAGCCAUGCGCCGGUGUAGAGGAGCAGUUAUUGUUCCAAGUUAGAAUGGAUUUUUUGUUUAAAAAAAAACAAAAGCCAAAAUGGCAAAUGCAGCACCCUUGAAAUUGGAAGUCUUAGCCACUCUGUUAAUGCUAAGGGCAAGUUUUGAUGAUAGGGUUCAUCUGUCAAAUUUGGAUAAGUCGGUGCAAGAAGAGCUCAGCUGGAUCAGACCUAAGGCCUCUUUUAAGUCCAGCAGGUUUGUUUUUUUGUGGGUUUUUCAGGCUAUGUGGCCAUGUUCUAGAAGAUUUUCUUCCUGACAUUUUGCCAGCAUCUGUGGCUGGCAUCUUCAGAUGCUGGCGAAACAUCAGGAAGAAAAUCUUCUAGAACAUGGCCUCAUAGUCCGAAAAACCACAAAAAACCAUGGAUGCCGGCGAUGAAAGCCUUCGACUUCACACUCCAGCAGUUUUGUUUCCCAAGAACAAGAGGCGAAGGCAAAUGUCCCUUUCUUGGCGAUAUUCUCCAGCAAAUGGUAUCCAAAGGCAUGUACUUUGUCUGAAUACCCAUUGCUCGAAAGCAAACCAGAACCGUAGCAGAGGUUACCUUUUUAGGAUGACAACUCCCAAAAUUCCCUAUGUAGCACUUACUAUGCUGGCUGAGGGAUUCUGGGCACUGUAGUCCAAAAAGGCUAAUAUUUCCCCCCAGCUUAUUUCACAAGAGCCAUCACAAUGCCUUUUAGCCAUUCAUGGCUUUUCCAAUCAGUAUUUCAGCUCCCUGACCAAAAUCCAAACCAAAUUGCCAAGACUAUACCAAGCAAUAAUAGCUUGAAACACUCAAGCAGGGGAAAUACAUUGGGUUUUAUGCAAUUUUUCUUUCCUUUUAAGGCUCCAGCCGAAGGGCCAGUCAGGGCUUGGCUGGAGUCCAAGUCACCUUUCACUGUGGAUUUGGGGCCUCUGAAAAUAAUGAGGGUUCACUAUAAAAAGCAGGAGCCAAACCUAGUCUUGGGCAAUUUAAGCUCCCUCCAGAUGUUGUUGGACUAUCUCCCAUUAAUCAGAGCCCAACAAGUCCUGGGUGGGCUUCACCCUUUGUUGCAAUGCUGACUUUCACAUGAAAAAUGUCAAUAUGGCACCUCUGGCGUCUCUGGUGUGGAAUCCAGAGUCCAGGUUAGCUGUGCGUAUUAUUUCAGUCUGUACAAAAGAGGCAGGAUAUCUCUCCAAAUCUUGACCUUCCUUUGGGGAGUGAUUUUUUGUUUUUUAAUCUGUCUGUGCUUGCAGUUGUGCAAAGGAUACAGGGAAGGUUUUUGUUUUACAGUAUUACAUUGUACAGCGUGGGGUUUUUUUAACAACGGCAUCCAGACUGUUCUUCCUCCAUAGGGUAACUUUCCAAUAGCCGAUCGAUAAUGUGGCAUGGGUUUUGGUAGCAGCAGUUAAGUGAUAGCUACCCACACUUAAGAUUGUCUUUUUAUCAUUUUAGGCCAUCCUGAUCCAGUCUGAACGUUCCCUUAGCCUUUUCCCUCUUUCCCCCUUCUUUUUGUAAAUAGUGUGCGACUCUCUGGAACAACAGAGUUUAUGAACCUUAAGGGAUCCUCCUCCUGGAUUCAUAGACGCCUUUGUACACUAAGAUAAAAUAAAUAAAAUUCUGCAGCAGAAUAUUUUUUUUAAGGAAAAAACAGAAGAAAGAAAACAUUUGCUGGGUUAUUAUUUUGUAAGCUAUAUUUUUGUAUAUUUAAUUGCUAUUUUAAAAUCCUAACGCAUCUUUUUUGCUAAUCACACUAUUCUUAAGUGCGGGUGGGAAAGGGGUGGGGAGCAAGUUUGCAUGUGAUUUGACUUGAAAUGUAAAUAAAGGCAGAUUUUUUGGAAAUAAGAACUGUGUGGGGGAACUCUGUUAAUAACUAGUCUUUGGCAAAGAGCCAUAUACUGUAGUUACUUCAGGGAUAGUUAAGUCUCAUCACCUUUCCCCACACAUUCAAAAUACAUCUCCUUAGGCUGAGUGUCCCAUACUCCUCACACAAUAAGUCGGAAACAACUUGAAGGCACACAACAACAAGAUCCAUUGCAGUGACGUUCAUUGUUCAGAACUGACCAGCAAAUGUUAAAAUUGUCUAAUUAAACUACAUACAGUUUCAAAGUUCAGGCUGGCCUAAUUCUUGUUCAUUAUAAUUAAUAAGCACACUUCUCUCUUUCCCAUAACACCCCCUUCUUUGUUGUUACAUCCAAAUUCUUUCACAGGAACAACCUUGCG